AUGAAUCGUUUUACAGUCGACGAAGUAAUUGCAGACAUUGAGUCGAUGAUUAAAAACCUUCAUGACAAGGCUUGUAAGAAGAUUAAGACAAUGGUAGUUGAUGACAUCCCUUUUACUGUUGGGUUUCAAGAUCGUCGAGAUGGAAUGCACGCAAUCAUCUCUGAAGGUAUCAUCCCGUCUACUAGUUCCAAGAUGUUUAAAUUCUUUGCGAAUUACGACACGUAUGUUCAAUACCUUCCCUUCAUUUGGAAAUUCAAUUAUCUCGACCACAGAGAUGUCUUUGACUUUAUAGUCGAGAUGGAGUUCAACUUAAUAGGAUUUACUAAGAAUGGGUUAUGUCUGAGAAGAGUGAUGAAGAAGUUUGUUAACCGUUCAUAUGUGAUGUCUCUUUCUGUCACCGACCCCAACUCGAGAAUUGUCCCUUUCAGAGAUAGUGCAAUUCUCUUCCAAGCAGUUACAUUAGAGGAUGUAGGCAAUGGGUGUAUGAUUCGAGACAUCGAAGUCAUUCAGCCUAUCCCUUGGUUACAAUCAGAGGACUUGAAUGAGUCUUUAGAGCGGUUUAGUUACAUCCCAAUCAGACGAAUGAAGUCAUGUCUUGAUUUCAUAGCCUUUGAAAAGACACAACACCGCGCCGAUGUUAUUAUGAAUGUCGCAAUAGAGCGUGCGGGGCUUGAAUUAACAUUAAAUGGGAAACAUGAAACAGUCGGGGAGGUAUGGUUUGAGAGUGCGAGGACGCGAGUGACUUGUGUUGGGUAUGUGAUCGAUCAAGCGUCGUUUAUAGCGGAAGGGGUUUUUAUUAAAGAUUGCACUUUUCAGUUAACACAAGAGACUCUUCUUUCUUUGAUCUUUCAGAAUCGAUGUAGUUGUGUGAGUCCCUCUGGGAAGAGAACUGUAGUUGUCCACAAGAACCAAACACCGUAUUAUCAAACACAAGGCGAGGACAUCACUUUUUCAACUUUUGUGUAUUCGGAAAAGUGCGCUUUAGUCCAUUUCAAGAGUGUUAUAGAGAACUUACAACCACAAGACGUCGACCAAAUGUAUACCUUUGGACCAAGUUAUAUCUACUUGUUUAAUUGCGAUGGGAAGUGGAAUAUCCAAUUCAAUAUCAAAGUCUUUGCACGGACAUCUUUACAAAGAUUAAACCAAAAAGCAGCACUCAACGCGAUUUUACAAUUCUUGAGGAACAUCGACACGUCAUUUAAUAAUUUGAGCCCAAUCGAAAACUACAAACAACCACUGAAGUUUGUUUCAAGCGCUUCACCAGUGGUGCCCGCGUUGCUCACACUGCCUUUUGCACUGGUCAUUAAAGUCUGCAAAUUUCUGAAUAAAAUCGACAUCUUUGCGUUGUCGCGCACGUGUAAAUACUUCAAGAAAAGUCUGAACAACACAUUGAACACAACGAGUGAGUCUGGGAACACUCGAGAGGAUGACGGUGAGAGAGACACUGUUUUUAAAGCUUCUGAGAUGCCAAGGAGUAUGAGCCCACACAAUGAAAGCUUCAACAUUGCAAUAUGGAAAACAGUGACUCCAUUCUUCCAUAUACUCCAAGGACACACCAAUCUUAUACGUGACUUGGACUUUGAUGGAGAGUGCAAGAAGCUUGUUUCGGGGAGUUCUGAUCGGAAGAUCCGAUUGUGGAAUUUGGACGACUUUUCGUGUCGGACAUUUGUCGGGCCGAACAGUUGCUUAGUCUCGACGAAGUUCACGGCGAAGAAUUAUAUAGCGUCUGGGUAUCACUGUGGGACGAUUCGAUAUAUCAACUGGAUUGAUUCAAGGCAUUCACAUGUCUUUGAUGUAUCGCAAGGACCGAUUGAAGGGUUCUACCCGCUGGAAGACAUGGAAUUUGUUGUUUGGAAUGAGACGGUGAAUGGAUAUAAAUACGCUAGUAUGCAUCAGAACCAUUUGUUUUCAUAUAGUGGACAUCAAAGGAAAGUGUCGAUUGUGCGACCGUAUGGGAAGUAUUUCUUGUCUGGGUCAGCCGAUCGAACGAUCCAUAUAUGGAACCCGUACGACGCGCAGACUGUCGCGAAGAUCAAAGCACACAAAUCCGGGAUUAUAGGGUUGGAACCAAUCAACGAACACAAUUUUGUGUCAGCGGGGAAUGACAAAGUGAUCAGUUUUUGGGACGAUCGGAUGUGUGAGAAACCGACGUAUUCAAUUCAGAAGAAGAUCUGUGCGUUGUCGUACCACUCAGACAAGAUCGUAUGUGGUUCUCAUGAAGGGAAGAUCUAUGUCUAUCCCAUCAUCCCCUCAAACGAUUGUAUAACGCUUGAGUCCAAUAAUGUGUCUGGACUCAUCAGUAUUGCUUGCAAACAGAAUUUCAUAGCUGCAGGGUUUAAAGAUGGGAACAUUGCGUUAUGGAAAUAUUAA